AAAUGCCUCGACGAAUACACAUAUUGCCGUGAGUUCUCGUCACUCUGCAUGGAUCCGACAUUCGGCGACGUAAUGGCCCGCCAUUGCACUCUUACAUGCAAGCGAUGUGAUGAUAUUGAAAUCAAAGAGGAGUAUGGCGCGGACUGCUUCGAUAUUACUCCCGACUGUCGCUCCCAUCUCGAGCUGUGCAAUCACUCCAAAUAUAGGCAACUGAUGAAGGAAUCGUGUGCAAAAUCAUGCAAACUUUGCCAACCAGCCUGCAAGGACAGGCACAAGAAGUGA